UGAUGUUUUUCGUGCUUUUGGUGAGUUUCUACAGUGAUUGCAUUUCUUCGGUUAUUGAUUUUCGGUUUUUGACUCUCUUUCGGACUUUGACUGUCGGCUUUGGAUUCGCUUUGUAUAUUGACUCUCGGUUUUUGACUCCUUUCUGUUUUUGACGCUCGAUUUUUGACUCGGUUUGGACUCCCGGUUUUGACCCUUUUCUGUUUUUGACCCUCGGUUUCGGAUUCGGAUUUGUUGUGAACCCGGACACUGAAGAAACAUCCCUUCCUAAAAUGGGAGUGAUUGGUGUUUUAUCAGUGUGUGUGGAAACACCAAAAGCCGUGUUCGGUGUGCCCCUCAUCAGCCUGAGGAAGAGAGGACAGAUGAGGCAGGGUCUUCCUCUGGUGCUCACACACAUAGUGGAGUUUGUGGACAAGCACGGUCUCAGUGAGACUGGCCUGUUCAGAGUUGGAGGGUCAUUGAAACGCUGCAAGGAACUGAGAAAAAGUUUUGAUGAAGGAGGCUUUCCAGAGUUUGACAGUAGGGAUGUUCUUACUUCGGCCUCCUUAUUGAAAGUUUUCAUCAGGGAAUUGCCUGGUGGACUUAUUCCAGAGCCACACAGGACACAACUGCUGAAGGUGUUCAGGGAUUCAAAAAAGGAAGAACUGAAUCAGGCUGUGAGGACUGUGCUGAACAGUCUUCCAGAGGAACAUUUUAAUGUCCUCUGCUACUUAAUGUUUUUUCUGUCCCGUGUUGCUGCUGAGAGUCAUCUGAAUCUUAUGACAUCUGAGAACUUGUCAAUAGUUUUUGGACCCAACAUCUUUCACGUUCCUUUCAGCCCCACCAUGGUUAAGGAACAGGAGCAGUGUAACACUUUGAUUAAGCACCUGCAGGGCAACCUGAUCCAUCUGCUGCCAAACAUGUACCCUCAUGCAUGCACCAGCAACACAGCAGAAAGGGACUGGACUAAUGAAGAGUGUGUCCCCCAGCUGCCACUCACAGAGAUUAAAUUAGAGCUGCCUAAAAUUGGAAAACGUGGGCGAUUGAGAAAAAGAUUAAGAGGUUUUUGGAGAAAGCUUUGCUCAUGCACUUACAGCAAUGACAUUGAGAGGUCUAUUCAGGAGUAGACACCCAUACGUAGGAGAGUAGAAGGUAAUGAGUCACCAGAUAAUAAGGUCGGUGAGGGUAACCGCAAGACACCAGGGCCAGUGAGAGUCACCGCAAGACACCAGGGCCAGUGAGAGUCACCGCAAGACACUGGGGCCGGUGACCGCAAGACACCAGGGCCAGUGAGGGUCAACACAAGACACCGGGGCCAGUGAGAGCCACUGCAAGACACUGGGGCCGGUGACCGCUAGACACCAGGGCCAAUGAGGGUCACCACAAGACACCGGGGCCAGUGAGAGUCACCACAAGACACUGGGGCUGGUGAGAGUCACCACAAGACACUGGGGUCGGUGACCGCAAGACACCAGGGCCAAUGAGGGUCACCACAAGAAACCGGGGCCAGAGAGGGUCACUGCAAGACACCAGGGCCAGUGAGGGUCACCGCAAGACACCGGACCGGUGACCGCAAGACACCAGGGCCAAUG